UAGCUUUGCUCUGAGAUGCUUAUAAGUAGGCGUGGCUUCCUAAGCAGGGGGGCGUGGCUUUGCACUCGGACGCCAAAGAGGCGUAGCUUCCUCCUAGUCCGGAGAGGGGCGUGGCUUAGCCCUGUGGGCGCGAAGGGGGCGUGGCCUCCCUGGUACCGCCGAUCCUUAUUGGCUCGCGCAGAGCCAUCACCCUCUUUGGCCCCGCCCCACGGUGUGUUUCUGUUGCCGUGGCAACGCCCCGCCCCUGCAGUGUCCUGGGCUUCAGGCAGCACAGGCAGAGAUGACCUGCUGACGGAGGAGCCCCGGCCGGGCCUGAAGACCAUCAAGCAGUCGGAGUCCGGGCGGCUGCUGACCCAAGCCGUCUGGCUCAACAACAACACCCUCAACGAACUGACCGACUUCCCAGAGAUUCUUGGGAAGCUGCUGGAGUAUCCAGAGGACAUCUACUGGAUCGACCUCUCCUUCAACGACCUGUCCAACAUCGACCCGGUGCUGACCACCUACUACAACCUCCACAACCUCAACCUCCAUGGGAACAGCAUCCAAAGCCUCUCCGAAGUGGACAAACUGGCCGUCCUACCCCACCUGCGGAGUCUCACCCUCCACGGCAACCCCAUCGAGGAGGAGAAGGGAUACAGGAGUUACGUGGUCUCCACUUUGCCCAACUUGAAGUCCUUCGACUUCAGCGGCGUCACGAAGCAGGACCGCUCCACGGCCAACGUCUGGCGGCGCAUGAACAUCAAGCCCAAGGUGGUGCGCAAGAAGCGGGACAACUUCUGAGACGGCGCUUGGGGACCAUGGGACCUUCCGUUUAGAAAUAAAGCCUUGGAGCAGCUUC